GAUCGCUGCUAGAUCGCUUAUCUGAGAUCUGAAAGUCCGCCUCUCGCCUGUGCGGUCUCCGUCUCCGCGGACCUGCCAUGGAUGUUACGCCUGGAUAUACAUUCUUUAUAUUUUUGCUUCACUUUCACCACACGAGUGGUCUAUAUCUCGCCGAUAGCGUAGAUUCCCUGCAGCAUGUCCUGAGGGAGUAUGACCUGGUUAGGCCUGUGAGCGUGGAUGCGGAGGGCCGCUACGUCUCCCACGCCGUCUCGUCCGGCCGGGUAGGCGGGCAGCCGCGCAGGCGGAGGGACGCUCGCCAGCCUGGCGCCGAUCUCUUCUACAACAUCACCGUGUUCGGGCAGCACUUUCACCUGCGCCUGCGGCGGAACGCGCGUCUGGUGGCCCCCGGGGCGACCGUGGAGUGGCACGAGGAAGACAACCGGACACGCAUCGAGCCCCUCCUCCCCAGCUCCUGCCUGUACGUGGGCCGCGUCACUAACGUUCCGGACACCUCUGUGGCCAUCAGCAACUGUGACGGCCUGGCGGGGAUGAUCCGUGCGGGGCAGGAGGAGUUCUUCAUCGAGCCGCUGGUGAGAGGGGGCGACGUGACAGGAGAAGAGGAAGGCGGAGCCGGACGACAUCACAUCCUCUACCGCUCCUCUGCCAUCAAGAAGCCAGCCGCCGCUCCUGUGGACUACGUCCAUCCCAGAGGUUCGUUCCUGGGCGGUCUGGUCGGAGCAGAGGCAAUCUCCAGCCAGUUCGGGGCCAAAGCCAACGCCAGCAGACGGGUGCGCAGGCAGUCAUCCCAAGAUGAGAACUUAAACAUCGAGGUGCUCCUGGGCGUGGACUGCUCCGUGGUGGACUUCCACGGCCGCGAGCACAUCCAGAAGUACCUGCUGACCCUCAUGAACAUCGUGAAUGAGAUCUAUCAGGACGGCUCUCUGGGGGCUCACAUCAACGUGGUGCUGGUGCGGAUCAUGAUGCUCUGCUCUGCCAAGUCCAAGGGCCUGAUUGAGCCGGGGAACCCGUCACAGAGCCUGGAGAACGUGUGCCGCUGGGCGUUCCUGCAGCAGAAGGAGGAUGAGAACGACGCCGAGUACCAUGAUCACGCCAUCUUCCUCACCCGGCAGGAGUUUGGGCCCACGGGCAUGCAGGGUUAUGCGCCGGUGACUGGCAUGUGUCACCCAGUAAGGAGCUGCACUCUGAAUCACGAAGAUGGUUUCUCUUCUGCCUUUGUGGUCGCUCACGAGACAGGACACGUGUUAGGGAUGGAGCACGACGGGCAGGGUAACGAGUGUGGCGACGAGGUGCCCAUGGGCAGCAUUAUGGCUCCGCUGGUGCAAGCCGCCUUCCACCGCUUCCACUGGUCCCGCUGCAGCCAGCAGGAGCUCAGCAAAUACCUCAACACUUACGACUGCCUGCGAGACGACCCGUUUGACCACGAGUGGCCAACCAUGCCCCAGUUGCCGGGACUGCACUACUCCAUGAACGAGCAAUGCCGGUUCGACUUUGGCUCAGGCUACAUGAUGUGCACGGCGUACAGCACCUACGACCCCUGCAAGCAGCUCUGGUGCAGCCAUCCCGAGAACCCUUUCUUCUGCAAAACCAAGAAGGGCCCGCCCAUCGAUGGCACCAAGUGCGCCACAGGAAAGCACUGUUUCAAGGGUCACUGUAUCAAGCUGACAUCGGACAUGCUGAGGCAGGACGGCCACUGGGGCCAGUGGACCAAGUUUGGCUCGUGCUCGCGGAGCUGUGGCGGGGGCGUGCGCUUCCGUACCCGCCAGUGCGACAACCCCAUCCCAGCCAACGGGGGACGCACCUGCUACGGAAACAGCUACGAAUUCCAGCUGUGCAACGUGGAGGAGUGUGACAAGGCCCUGGCUGACUUCCGUGCGGAGCAGUGCAGACUGUGGGAACCACACUUCGAGCACCAGGGGACAAAGCACCACUGGCAGCCUUACGAACACCCUGAGCCCGAGGAGAGAUGCCAGCUCUACUGCCAGUCUGAGGAGACAGGAGAUGUGGUCUCCAUGAAGAGGAUGGUGCACGACGGCACGCGCUGCUCCUAUAAAGAUCCGUACAGCGUUUGUGUGCGCGGAGAGUGUGAGAAAGUGGGCUGUGAUAACGUGAUAGCCUCGGAUCUGGAGGAAGACAAGUGUGGCGUGUGCGGUGGGAACAACUCCACCUGCAAGAACGUCACAGGACACUUCACCCGCAGUGCCAAGAAACCAGGUUAUCUGAAGAUCCUGGAAAUUCCCAGAGGGGCGAGGCACGUUGUCAUCAGGGAGUUUAAAGGAACCCCUCACAUUCUGGCGGUGAAGAACCAGGCCACGGACCACCUAUUCCUGAACGGCGAGGGCGAGUUUCCCGAGUCGAGGACGGUGAUCGAGAAAGGCGUGCUGUGGGAGUACCAAAACGAUGAUGACACGGAGAUGAUGCAGACCACGGGACCGCUGAGAUACGGAGUCGUCGUCAUGGUCCAGUCUCACGGCACCUCUGUCGUCACACUGUCCUACAAGUACGUCCUGCCAGAGGACACAGCGUCGUCCAUGGAGAACAGCCUGCCGCAGGACGACACAGCCUACUUUGAGUGGGCGCUUAAGAAGUGGUCGCACUGCUCCAAACCCUGUGGCGGAGGGAAGCAGUACACACGGUUCAGCUGCCGCAGAAAGUCGGACGCCAAGAUGGUGCACCGCACGCUCUGUGCCAACAUUCCCAAGCCACGCGCCAUCAGCCGAGCAUGCAACCAGAAGGAGUGCUCUGAGCCAGUCUGGAUGACUGGAGACUGGGAGGAGUGCAGUAAGCCGUGUGGUAAGACGGGUACUCAGACCCGGCCCGUGCGCUGUGUGAGACCUCAGCCGGACGGCACACACAAAGCCGUCAACUCCAAAUACUGCAACGAUGACCGGCCUGAGAGCCGGCGCACCUGCAACCGCCACCUCUGCCCCGUCCACUGGAGGGCAGGUCCCUGGUCUCAGUGCUCCGUCACCUGUGGGAACGGAACACAGGAGCGGCAGGUUAUGUGUGGCUCUCCUGAUAACACCAUCGGUAUCUGCAUGGACGCCAAGCCAGAGAACAUCAGGAUAUGUCGGCUAAUGCCAUGUCCAAGUGACAAGGGGAACUUCCUCAUCCAGUGGAUCUCCCGGGCAGACGCCGAUUUCCCAGCGCCCAAGAUCUCUUCAAGGCUACGCUGUAAAGGAGACAAGUCAGUCUUCUGUCGUAUGAAGGUGCUGAGGGAAUACUGCUCCAACGCUGGCUACAGGCAGAUGUGUUGCAAGUCUUGCAGCGAGGGCAACCACACCUCGGAGCUCAACAGGACGAGGCCUUGGAGCUACAUCGCCGGUCCGCCACGCCCCACCCGAGCGUACACCCUGCCCACAGUGACCGUCACCCACGUCUACUCUCCUACCGCCAGACCUGUCGGCGCCUCCACGCGUAUGAGAUAUGACACCACUCGGGACCCUCUCACUCUUUGGAGGGGAACUUCAUUUCCUCCCAGGACCAGUGAUCUCAUGGGGGACACAGAAGGUUCUAGUCACGAUGAGGAGGACACUUCAGAAGCCUGGAGACUGCUCACGACAGAGGAGACCACGUCUCAGUUCGAGGACGCUUCGUUGGGCGUCAGUCAGCUUGCCGCCACUACCGAGUUUGAAGCAGUGACAGCACAACCCAGAUUUACUGCGACAAGUCCUCCGGCCAUAGUGAGUCUUCACAGAUCCGAGGAAAAGAAGGAGAACAAUUCCAUUGAUGUGGCCUACAGGGUGGUCAAUGGAAAUAACGUCUCCCAGAACCAUUUUAUACCCAGAAAGCGGGUGCUCUCUUCGCUUUUCCGAGAGAAAACCCAGAAUAAAAGAAUUCAGGAGUUCCUUGCCGAGAAAAGGAGGCAAGACUUUCUUAGAAAAUUGAAAAGGAAACCUGAAGACUGAGUAAUGGUUGCCUUAUCUUUUAAUCUUUACUUUCUGUCAAUGAGCUUGUGGAGACCCUUUGGUCUACCAGCUGUAUUAGAACCACGGUGGUAAAUCCAUCUCCAGAAUGCUGCGAAAUGCCAGACGUCUUUGAACAUUUACUUGCUUGUUAGCAAUCGAGUCUGUAUGAAAGCUUUUCAUUUCUUUCUUUCUUUUUUUAUCACUCAACACCAUUCACAAUCUUGAAAUAAAUAUAAUUAUAUACAUUCAAUUACUUUGAAACCAGGUUGUUCUACUUUUGUAACUGCAAGUUAAGACGGGUUCGCUGUAAUCUUAAAAUAUAUACAUUUCACUUUUUAGCUCGGAUAUGCACAGUUAAAGGGAUAGUUUGUCAUUUUUAAAGUAUGUUUACAAUUUAUUUAUAUGGAUUCUGCAUAUUUUCAUGUGCAUCUGAGUCAGUAGGUCCAAGUAAGUGAAAUAUCUAGGAUUAAAACUACCCGACAAGAAUGAAAUUUAGGUUUUUAAACCUAUUGAUUACAUUUUUAAGAGUCUUAUAUGGCAUUUUACAUGCUGUUUCUUGGACCUGUUUUGACCAAGCCUUUUUUAUAACUUCAUAAGAAUCCCUCACAUUCGUUUUAGUCACAUUUCACCGAUUCGGAGCCCAUCCCGCACAAACAGAAACCUCGCCGUAAAUGUUGUAUAUAUUAAUUAGAGUUUUUGUUUUUUCUAUUUAUUGAAGUGCCUUUUGAUGCAGCAUGUUUUCUCAGCAUACGGCAUGGGGGGAAUCUUAUGAUGCUAUGACACGAUGUCCGCACUGUCUGCAGGCAUUCCUCUGAAGACCAAAUGUAUGAGUGCUGAGGGCCUGUGCA